AUGGGCGUGGCACAAGGGGGCGUGGUCACAGCCAAGCGUGGCAGAAGAGAGGCUGAGGCAAGGUUCCGCAGCUCCAGCAGUAAGCCAUCUAAACCUUUUCUGCCAACUUCUCAUUCUCCCCACGAGGGCUACUUAAAGGAGUGUGAAGACAGGCUAAGCAGUACUGAAGAAUUAUGGGGGAAUGUGGUUGAUUAUUCAAAAAGGAAUGAAGAUAACCAUGAGCAAUGCCAGUACUUUCAGCUCGAUCUCACCAGUGGCCGGGAUGCUCAGAGAGAGGCGCUUUUCCAGCACUUCUACAGAGUGCUCCAGAAAGCAUGGGACCGAGAGAAACCUUCGGAUUGCGUUAUUGUCUCUAUCGACACAAACCAGAGGGAUUAUGCGACAGCCAUAGGCUGCCGCCUGCGGGACCGUGGUCUUGUAGUGGAAAUAAUUCACCUUGCCUCAGAAUCGGACUUCACUCGCGCACUGCAGGAUGUUAAGGAUGAUGGUUCCCCCUUUUGUGUUCUCGUGGAGCAGUCUAAUGUGAAAUAUUCCUCUUGUACUGUAAUCAUGCUUCAUGAAUCCAUCAAAAUACAUCGACAUAUGCCGCUGGAGGAUGCCCUGGUCCUGGUGGCUAGAGAACUGAAGAGGUUUUCCGCUGGACAAAGCGCUGGAAUUUCUCAGAGGGCUGCAGAGCUGGUGGGUGACUUCCUGGCCCGUGAGCACCUGGCCAGUUACUCUCCACCAGCCAGCAUCCGUCAUCUUCUGUUCCUGUUGAGUGAGGGGAAGCAUUUGUACAGUGACGAGCUGGGCCUCCUCAUGGGCUACCUAACAACCAGGAAAGAGCAGCUGCAAGAACCUUCUAAAUCAGCUAAAGGAAAGAAGACUUUCUUGAGUAAACAGAAGUGA